AGCUGAUCCGGGUGUGACUAAGGCAGAACACUCCAAUCAAUGGCCAUCUUCUCAAGUCAGAAGAAAAUGAUGCAGGCCCAGGAAUCCCUGACCUUGAGUGAUGUGGCUGUGGUAUUCUCCUGGGAGGAGUGGCAGCUUCUGAACCAUGCUCAGAAGGACCUGUACUGGGAUGUCAUGCUGGAGGUCUGCAGGAGUCUGGCAUCAAUGGGAUAUCCAUCCAGAAAAUCAGAUGUAUGUUCCAAAUUGGACCCAGGAGAACCAUGGACAAUAGCAGAUGAAGAUGAAAUCCACAAUCUAAUCUGUCCAGGUGAGUGAGGGCCAGCAGAAUCUUGUUCUGAAUACACUGUGGGCAUUAAAGCUACAGGUGGUCUGAAGAC